AUGCACCGGCACCGGCACACAACGACGGCUCGUGGGGAACGGCUUUUGCACUUCGAGGCGGGCACAACAAUGCUGGAGUACGAUUUGGGCUCGCGGGAAAUGAAGUGCUCGAAGCCGCCAGCACUGGUUGUGGAGGAAAGCCUACAAAGGGCUCUUCUUCGGGCACAGGUCAUCAUCGAGGAGGCCAUGGGACGGCACAUCACAAAUCAAUCUAUGAUCCACCAGCUUGACAUGUUGAGAGACGCCAUGCACCAAGACUAUUAUGCACUUGAUGCCUUCAGGUACCAGCCUUACUAUGUAGAAGAGGAUGGCAAAGAUCAAGCUGUGAAUUACUUUAUCUCCGUAUCCAAGGUACCCUCUCCAAUGGAACCCUAUUUCUCUGGUCAAACUGCAAGAUUCCUUCAACAACUACGAGAGGCACUUGACAGAUUGAGCUCCAUGAUUGUUGAUCUGAAUGAGUUGGUCAUGUUCUUGAUGAGCUAUCCUCGCCUGUAUCGCCAGCCUUACAGCAUGCAUAUCCUUCUGGAGAAUACAGAGUUUCAGAAACAUCAAAACUCACCUCGUGUUUUCCUGCCUCGUCUUCCUGAGCAGGAAGGGAGAACUCACAUGGAAGAUUUCCUUCCUACAGUCCUGCGAGAGCUGAUGACUCGACCCAUAAACUUCAUCAUCAACAAGUGCUUGAAGCGGCCCGCAAUGGCCAUGGAGGAUAGCCUACAAAGGGCUCUUCUCCGAGCACAGGUCAUCGAUGAGGAGGCCAUGGGACGGCACAUCACAAAUCAAGCCUUGAUCCAGCAGCUGGGCAUGCUGAGAGAUGCCAUGCACCGAGGCUAUUACGCACUCGAUGCCUUCAGGUACCAGCCUCACUACGGAGAGGAGGGCAAUGAUCCAGCUAUUAGGGGCUUUAUGUCCCUAUCCAAGGUACCCUCUCCAAAGGAUCCCUAUUUCUUCAGUCGAACUGCACAGUCCCAGGUGCAACUAGAAGAUGCACUUGACAGAUUGAGGUCCAUGAUGUUUGAUCUGAAUGAGUCAGUCAUUUUCAUGAUGAGCUACCCUCGUCUGUAUCGCCAACCUUGCAGCAUGCAUAUCCUACUUGGUAACUGCAUGUUUGGUCGCCAGAUGGAAGCAGAACUAGUUAUUAAAUUCCUGUUGCACACACACCCUCAUUGUUCUCAAGAUUUGGAGGUCAUGCCAAUUGUUGGUCCACCCAGAGUCGGCAAGAGUACCCUAGUCGCUCAUGUUUGCAAGGACGAAAGAGUCCGUGAUUAUUUCUCAGAAAUCUUGUGGUUGUGUGAGUUCGAUUUUACAAAUGAUGAGCUAGUUUGCAGACAAGGAUGUGUAAUGAACCAUCAAAAUUGUAUGCCAAACUCGAACAGAGGCAAGAGAUUUCUUGUUGUCAUUGAACUAUCUGGAAAUCUCAGCGAGAGGCAUGGAAUAGGUUGUAUCUUGGUUCCAGAGGAAGCUUUUCUAGUGGUAGUAAAAUCAUAG